AUACUCACCCUGACCACCAGGGCAGUCCUCCACACACACGUCUGCGGGGUCGACCAGUCUCGGCCAGCACAGACAGUGGUGCUCUGCUCCACAGUCUCCAGUACGGGGGAUGUCGAUGUUGGGGGACAAUGGGGGCCUUCUCCAGAGCGUGCGGAGAGGUCCCAACACAGGGCCCCCGACUCGCAAGGACCAUCCAGUUCCCCAGCCUCAGCACAGUCACCCAACUCCACCAACAGCCAGCCCGCCAGCCAUUCAAUCACAAAAUUUGUAUGUGUCAGGUGAGGGGCUGCUCACCUCGAGCGACCCUGCCUUGCACACAGGGACAUGACUCUCUCCUCCGACCCCCUUUCCCAGGCGCUCUUGUCCAUCUCAUGAAACUGCCUCAAUUCCGCCUCAGUCCAACAAGUCUCUUUGCCGUAUCGCCACGAGUCCAGACCCCUCUCGAAACACGUAUCGCCAGCCAUCGCUUUAUUAAUAGACUUGUUUCGUUCUCUCAACCCUGGCGCCUGGCAGCCGUUGUGCGGCAGUUGGUGCUCCAGCUCGUUCCAAAGGCUGGUAUGGUGCAAGUGCCAAGAGGCGAGGGGGAAACCCUCGCAGGGCUUGUUUCGGGCAAUUUGCCCUCGACUAUUCUGCAAAGAGCUGUACCGUCCUGCGCUCACGACGCUGCCAAGACACGACUAGGGCCAGGGUCGCUCGAGCUUUGAGACUUGGUCAUGGUCACCAUCUCCGCCAUGGCCAAUGAAGCACCAAGCCACCGUCUUGGCAAACGCCAUGCACCCCGCCGACCGUGGUCGUCGCCUAACUGUCCCAGGGCAAAGACGCUGCUCAUCAUCCCCGUCAC